AUGGAACGUCCUAAGCAGCUAUCCACCAAUCCGGAUAACCUACGACCCUCUACGGGUUCAACUGCUCGUCGUUCAUCCAGAGCGCAGCACAUUGCUACCAAUGCCACUACCGAUGGUAACCCAUCAGCAGAGGGUAGCACUGGCUCAUCACCGAGAAAAACCGAGCGAAAUGUGGUAAAAUCACCGAAAGUCGCUGAUAAAACUGUGAAUAAAACUGAUAAGCCAAAGGCUCCAAAAGCCUCGAGUCCAGCAACCGAAAAUGUGCCGCGAAGGUUGGUUGGCAGGCAUUUAUUCAUUCAGAGAGCGAUUCUUGUGUAA